AUGGAGAAGGUUAAGAUCAUUAAGGAACGGUUGAAAACUACCCAGAGUCGUCGGAAGUCCUAUUCGAAUGUACGUCAGAGGGAAUUGGAGUUACAAGAAGAUGAUUGGAGGGUUGUUCAGGUGGCUUGCAGGAUAGAACUACCUCCAAAGAUGUCUUUGGUGCACCCGGUGUUUCAUGUAUCCAUGUUGAAGAAGGUGGAUGGAGAUCCGCCGCUUAUUGUUUCGGUUGAGACUCUAGAGGUUAAUAAGGAAUUGACUUAUGAAGAGAUUCCAAUUUCCAUUAUUGAUAGGCAAGUCCAAAAGCAGAGAAACAAAGAGAUUGCCUCCAUGAAAGUGUUAUGGCGAAACCAACAGGUCGAAAAGGCCACCUGGGAAGCCGAGGAAGAGAUGAAGAAGAAUUGUCCCCAUUUGUUUGAAUAG